UAGGGCUUCCUCUUCCUCACUGCUAACAAACACAUUCCAAUCUCUCUGUCAACACUCUCCAUUUCGAAAAAUGGCUGAACGUGGAGGAGAACGCGGCGCCGAGCGUGGAGGAGACCGUGGUGGCUUCGGUCGUGGAUUCGGAGGUCGUGACGGUGGCCGCGGCCGUGGUGGUCCGAGAGGACGUGGUGGAAGACGCGGAGGCCGUCCCGCCGAGGAGGAGAAGUGGACACCAGUGACCAAGCUCGGCCGUCUCGUGAAGGACGGAAAGAUCCAGAAGCUAGAGCAGAUCUACCUCCACUCGCUCCCCGUCAAGGAGUACCAGAUCAUCGAUCUCCUCGUCGGUCCCACCUUGAAAGACGAGGUGAUGAAGAUCAUGCCGGUUCAGAAACAGACCAGGGCCGGUCAGAGGACGAGGUUCAAGGCCUUUGUCGUUGUCGGAGACACGAACGGACACGUGGGUCUUGGUGUGAAAUGCUCCAAGGAGGUUGCCACGGCGAUCAGAGGUGGGAUUAUACUGGCGAAGCUGUCUGUGAUUCCCGUGAGGAGAGGUUACUGGGGUAACAAGAUUGGGAAGCCUCAUACUGUUCCUUGUAAGGUUACGGGGAAGUGUGGUUCCGUUACCGUGAGGAUGGUUCCUGCUCCUAGAGGUGCUGGUAUUGUGGCCGCUAGGGUUCCUAAGAAGGUUCUUCAGUUCGCUGGUAUUGAUGAUGUUUUCACUUCCUCGAGAGGUUCUACCAAGACUCUUGGAAACUUCGUCAAGGCUACAUUCGAUUGCCUUCAGAAGACUUACGGAUUCCUCACACCAGAGUUCUGGAAAGAGACGAGCUUUAAAAAAUCGCCGUAUCAAGAGUACACAGAUCUGUUGGCCACGAAGGGAACUACAACUACGAAAGUCAUCACCGAGGGUGAAGACCAAGCCGCCUAAAUAACAACAGUUUCCCCUGUUUUGUUUUUGGAUUAUCCUUUCAUGAGUUUACUAUGCUUAAGGUCGAAACUUUGGUAGUACUAUAUGUUGCUGGAUUGCAUCUUUAUAUUUUCGUCUCUUCUCAAACGGUUACUUCUGCUCAGUUUUUUUUUAAUUAUGGAUAUGGUAAUGUUCUAGUUUUUUGCUCA